UAAAUCCCCGCUCUGUGUCGGACAGCCGCCGGCCAAGCCCGCACCCCGCCGCGCAUCCCCCGCCCCGCAGCCGAGAGAGGCGGAGCCGCAUCCCGGGGCUGUGCGCGGCGCUCCGCCCGCCGGGCGCUCUGCGGGAGACAGGGAGGGAGGCGGCGGCGGAGGCCCUUCCCGGUCCGUCCUGUCCCAACGUCCCGCCCCGUCCCGCCCCUCGGCAUGCGGGGCCCGCCGCUGCCCCCGCCUCCAAACUUUCGAUGGUGCCCCGUCGACCGGGAGGAAAGAGCCGCUGCGGGACAGAGCUAUUGCUACUGAAAGGAUGGGGCCCCUGGAAGCAAUGGGUGAAGAAAACCAGACAGAUGAAAUGAAGAUGGAGUUGUUCACCAAGCUGUACUUGCCAAGAUACACCACACCACUCAAUGAACUGGCUCUUGACCCCAAACCAGAACUGAAGGACAGCACAACGCUAGUUGAGGUGCAGAUAAUCCUCAUCUUUGCUUACUGUUCCAUCAUUCUGCUGGGGGUGAUCGGGAACUCUCUUGUGAUCCACGUGAUCAUCAAAUUCAAAAGCAUGCGCACCGUGACCAACUUCUUCAUCGCCAACCUGGCCGUGGCUGAUCUGCUGGUGAAUACGCUGUGCUUGCCUUUCACUCUAGUUUACACACUAUUGGGUGAGUGGAAACUGGGCCCAGUCUUGUGCCACUUAGUGCCUUAUGCCCAAGCCCUUGCUGUGCACGUGUCUACUGUUACGUUGACUGUGAUUGCCUUGGAUCGACAUCGCUGCAUUGUCUAUCACUUGGAAAGCAAAAUCUCUAAGCGUAUCAGCUUCCUGAUCAUAGGAGUGGCAUGGGCAGUCAGUGCCCUGUUGGCAAGCCCUCUGGCCAUCUUCCGCGAGUACUCGCUGAUUGAGAUCAUUCCGGACUUCAAGAUCGUGGUCUGCUCUGAGAAGUGGCCAGGGGAGGGGCAGCUUAACUAUGGCACCAUCUACAGUGUCUCCAUGCUCCUGAUCCAGUACGUGCUGCCUCUGGCCGUCAUCUCCUACGCCUACACCCGCAUUUGGACCAAGCUCAAGAACCAUGUUAGUCCUGGGGCGGGGAACGACCACUACCACCACCGGCGUCAGAAAACCACCAAGAUGCUGGUUUGCGUGGUUGUUGUGUUCGCUGUCAGUUGGCUGCCAUUCCAUGCCUUCCAGCUAGUCAGCGAUAUUGACAGUCAGGUGUUGGACCUGAAAGAGUACAAACUGAUCUACACGGUGUUUCAUGUCAUUGCCAUGUGCUCAACAUUUGCUAAUCCUCUUCUCUAUGGCUGGAUGAAUAACAACUACAGGACGGCCUUCCUCACAGCCUUUCAGUGCGAGCAGCGGCUAGACUCCAUCCACCCUGAAGUGUCAGCAGCUUUCAAAGCCAGGAAGAAACUGGAAGCAAAGAAGAGUCAGUUCCCUGGAGACUCUUUCACACAACCUACCAAUGUCUAAGAUUUCUGACUUUAAAGAAGAAAUGCACAUGUUGUGGACGAAGGAAUAAAUCCAUUCUGACACAUGCAUUUUUAAUGCAUAGUUUUACUCAUAAAAGGUGAAAGAAAAGAGGCAGGCAAGUCAAGGCAGGUGAUAUGAUUUGAGGGGAGUAGGUUGGCACCGCAAGGAUGUGACCACACAACUCCAAAAAAAUAAGAGAGAUGUUUUGUUUGUGGCUGUCUAUAACAUGGUAAGAGACAACCCCAUCCCUCCCAUCUCUACUUGACAAGUCUAAAUGACAAAGGCAGAGUUUGCUGCUUUGGCCAUAGGAAGGUAAAUGGCUGUUUUGUAGCACAGGAGUACUGCUGAUGGCAGCAGGCAACUUGUAUACUGCAUGUAGAGACCAGGGAGUAUAGAAGUCUCCUGGAAGAAUGAAGCCUGUAUGGGGAAAAUGGGCUGUGCCGGUUAAAGCUCAAACUUUUCAGCCACUUUUUCUCCCACAGGGAACUUUUGUGGAGAUGAGGAAAAUAGAUACGGUACUGUUUCUGACUCGCACUGAAGCACUUCAAACCAGAAUAUCCUGAAUGGAUUAGGGGAAAGAAAAAGAGAAAAGGAAAAAAUACCAAAUUUGGUAUGAAGAAAGGUAAAGGUGGAUUUGGGUCAAUCAAAUGGGGUCAAAACUCAUCCUUUAUGAAUUGGCUAUGGUUAUGUUGGUGAGAAAAAUUGCAAGUCUGGGACCUCAUCACUAAUUCUCUGCAGAUCCGUACCUUUAAUUCCACAUUCGGAAGAGCUCAUAAACACAGAGCUUUUAAGUGGCAUUUGAGGGAGGAGAUGCAGGCUCAGGUCUUUUAUGAGCACUUCAUAAACUGCCAAUAUUUUAAUUUUCAAGACCUGCUUAAAUGUCUGACGUGUUAUUAACUCCACAGGCUUUGAAUUGUUGCUGCUUUUUCCCUGCGUAAUAAAACAGCAGAUAAUUUUGAUCUUCUGGAAAGGCUGCUAGAUGCCAAUGUACUUUUUCUUAUUGUGGUGUUAUGUCACACACUCAUCUCAUCUUGGAGCUUUUUCCAUCUUUAGCUUCAGUAAAAAUUAAGAGCAUCUGAAUGAGUGUAACCUAAUAACAGUAUGCUAUGUUUAUGCGAUAACUUAUCAGUUAUUCUGCAUGCUGUAGUUAAUAGUUAAAUUCCUUUUUUUGCUCAGGUAUAAAAUUUUAAUCUGUUUACUGUGCUGUACACAGCGAUGUUCAACUCUUCAGUGUCUUUGUUUAGCCUCUUUGAACUCAUUAAAAAGACGAAGAAAAUUUCUGUCCGUAUUUAUUCCAAGCCACCCUGCUGCUUAUCAAGAAUAAAAAUAAGCGUGAUAGUUUCA